ACAUCAUUCAUCGUUGAGUUAAUGAACAGUCAAUAGACAAUAUGUUCACAUUUGUUUCUUAAUUAUUUCUUGAUGAAUCUCAGAGACGUCUGUUAAGAAGGCAGAGCAGCAUGUCUUCGAUGUUGCGCACGAAGGCAAACCAACUUGUCCAGACCGUGCAGGGAGGAACCGACCGGUGGGUGUCAUGGCUCAAAAGCACGGCAUUCCGAGUGAUCGCAAUCCUGGUGCUCGUAACGCUGCAACUAUGGCUGUCAAUCUUCCUGUACGGCAGUUUCUACUACGCCUACAUGCCCACAGUCUCACAUAUCAACCCCGUCUAUUUACAGUUCAGUUCAUGCAAGGAGUUUGGUCCACAACCGAAUUGUCCCUUUCCUAGCGUGAAUUCAACUUUACAAAAGAACCCGGAAAUGGGCAGCCUUCUGAGGAGAGGCCAGAAAUAUCGGGUUCUGUUAGAACUAGAGAUGCCACAGUCUCCAGUCAAUGAAAAUCAAGGUGUAUUUAUGGUGAGAAUGGACAUAUAUGCAGCUGAUGGGGAAAUUACAGCGUCGUCAUCCCGUCCAGCCAUGAUGCACUACCAGUCCAACCUCUUGAAAACUAUACAAACGUUAUUCUAUAUUCCCUUGUUGUUGACGGGAUACAGCGAAGAAAAACAGACCAUCACCGUCAGCUUGAUGGAAAAUUUUAUUGACAAUCCGUACAAACCGUUGCUUGGAGCACACAUUGAACUCCAAGCCAGAAAGCUAGAGAUUUAUUCCUCAGUGCUAAAGAUACAAGCUUACUUCUCAGGGCUCAGGUAUCUGAUGUUCCAGUGGCCAAUCAGCACGGCUCUGGUGCACAUAUCCGUCUUCUUCUUCUUCCUGUCACUCAUCACUGUGGUGUCAUGGCAACAGUGCGCCGGCGCCUUCUCCAGCCAAGAAGAGGAGACCGUGGUGAGACUGGAGGACGUGUACACGCUGUCUUACGAGGAUCGCCGGAAGAUGAUCAGAAAGAGCAUGGCCUCCGAACGAGCAGCUCUGCUUAGAGGCCGUCCCAAAAAUGUCUCUGUCAUCAGCCAGAGGGGCUUCCAGGAUGAUCGGGAUUCUCAGAGUUCAGGCAUCAGCAGCGUCGACGGGCUGUCCACCGGCGACCAAAGGUCCUCCAUCGCGGACGCAACCAAGGCAAGCAAUGGCGAGGGGUCGUCGGAUGGGGGUUGGGAGCGAGUUGACAGUAACGGCGCAGGGGAGCUACAUAACGAGGCCUCGUCUACGCAAGGAGAGGCUGGCCUGCCGGAGAAUGAGAUUGAAAAUGAUGCUGGGGAGGAAGUUGAUGAUGAUACUGGGGAGGAGGAGGAGGAAGAGCCCGCAGCCAGAGACCUUGAAGGAGUUGAGAGUGGAGAAGUAUCUGAAAUCGUGGCGGAGGGAGUUGGCGGACCUUUGGUACCAGACGGAGAAGAGUUGCGACAACGCAAGAAGGAAAAGGACCCCGACAACAACUAUUUAUAGAUGUGUAAUGGCAGCCAUGUUUGGGGUGUAGUGUUUAAGUUACCCAGGGAUAUGUAUGAAUGCUUGGGUGCAUUUCAAGUUUGCUAAGGAUAGAACAAACCUUUGCUCAGCAAAAACAAGUCACUAUCCUAUAUGUCAUGUGAUGUGCUUAAGAAGCAAUGUUAUCGGAUGAGCGGCCCCAUGAAAUUGGGCCCUAUUAAUUUGCUGUUACUGCAUUGAAACAUGAUAAAACACUUCAAAGGUGGCUGCUGUAUUUCAAGGUGCUUAAUGUGUGUCCGGGUACCAGACCUGCAAUUUCCAUUGAAUUAUCAUUCUGUAAUCUUUUGAUCAACGACAUAAAUCUUCCAGAGCUCCGACACGAUUUGAAUACAUUUUUCCACACUGCCAUUGGGGUACUGUUGUCAAUUGCUUGCAAAUUUCAAUACGAGGCGUUGUAAAUAGCCAUGAUGAUCAUUUUGCAAUUUUGUAAUUGGCUUGCUUAAAGGCUCUCUACUAUAGUUCAGAUGUUGUUUGAGAGUCUGUGGAAAAUUCAUGGUCAUCACUAAAAUAAUUUAAGUUGUGGAUUUUUUUCUUUUCAGCUGCUAAGGGUUUACUGUGUUUGAAAUAGUAGGCAUAGAAGUUGCCUCAGAAAUAUUUAGAAAGUAUUAGAUUGUUUUAUUCUUUCAGACAUUUUUCUUCUUAAUCUUGCCUUGAACUUUUUUGUUUUAAUCUUUGUGCUGAAAAAGUUAAAAUCUACAGAGCGACAAAGUUAUCCUACAUGUAAGUCAUUGGGAGAGUGAAAACGCCUCACUAGCUGCUGUUUUGCUACACUGAUUCAAAGAAAAUUGAAUGAAAGUACUCACUGAACAUUUAACCAAAAACUAGAUUCUUACAACUAGCUGCUUGAUUAAACUCCUUUUUUUUCUGCUGAAAUAUAGUUCCUUCUUCAUUUUUCUUUCUUUUUUUGGUGUUUGGGGGGGAGUGGAGGUUCGAGUUAAAAGUUGUUCGCUUCAUCUUUUUGUAUAAUUGAGGCUGAUACCAAAGAAUCAGAAUAUCAGAUGUGCUGUGAACGGUUAAUUAAUUGUUA